CUGACUUCACAAAGUUGUCCUCUGACCUCCAUGUGCAUGUCAUGGUGCGGGGAAGGGGAGGUGGCCUGACCCAGCACGAGGAUGACGCAAUGCUGAAGAGUGAGCUGGAGGAGAGGAAUACCGGGCACCAUGGAAAAACCCAAAACAAAGCAAGGAGAGAAUGAACACAUGCCGGUGAAUAACCCUUCCACACAGAUUUACCAGCUUCAGGCCCUGGCCUCAGAACUGAAAACUGGCUUCACAGAAGCAAUGCAGGAGCUGACACGGAUCCAACAUGGAGAAUACGCUUUGGAAGAGAAGGUCAAGAGCUGCAGAUGUUCCAUGGAAGAGAAAGUCACUGAGAUGAAGAAUUCAUUAAACUACUUCAAGGAAGAGCUGAGCAAUGCAAUGUCCAUGAUUCAGGCAAUCACUUCCAAACAAGAAGAAAUGCAGCAGAAAAUUGAACAGCUUCAGCAGGAGAAGAGAAGAGAAUCUCGAAAGGUUAAAGCCAAGAAAGCACAAAAGGAAGAACAUGGCGCUCAGGCCGGGCCUGCAUCUGCACCUGCGUCUGCGCCUACGCAAGGAAGCCCCUUCCGCUCCAUCAAUGUCCCUGAGUCCAGUAUCCCCAGUGAAGACUUCACCAACAUGUUGCCUUCUCAGACCUAUGAAAAAGCCCAAGAGUCAAGAUCUGUUCAUGUUGGAGAUGGCAAUGUGAAGGGAAUGAUGGGUCCUGGAGUGAACCCAACAGCUCCAGAAUCAGAUGAAAACCUUAAGCCUUCUCUCUCAGCUGAGAUCCAGUCCAAGGGCCAUCACACACCUGGCCUGUGGAGACAGCCUAAGGAUGGCAAAGAAUGGGGCGAGGAGUAUGUCACAAAAGAUCACCCAGAUAAACUGAAGGACGCUGGCCAGGGUAGACACAGCUCCCUGGAAAAUGUUCUAUGUGAAACCUCUUUAGCUGCAAAAAGGCAAACUGUGGCUCUGGAACUGCUUGAGUCAGAACGGAAAUAUGUCAUCAACAUCUCUCUGAUCCUGAAGAUAAAGGCGACAUUCCAGGGCUCUGAUGGAAAGAGGAACCCCAAGGAGAGAAGCCUCUUUCCUGGCUCCUUGCGCUACCUUGUCCAGCAGCACUUGGAUUUGCUUCAUGCGCUGCAGGAGAGGGUCCUGAAGUGGCCACGCCAAGGAGUCCUCGGAGACUUGUUCCUGAAGUUGACAAAUGAUGAGAAUAAUUUCUUGGAUUAUUAUGUUGCCUACCUGAGAGAUUUACCCGAAUGCAUCUCAUUGGUUCACGUUGUGGUACUGAAGGAGGGUGAUGAAGAGAUUAAGUCAGAUAUCUACACUCUGUUUUUCCACAUAGUACAGCGCAUCCCUGAAUAUCUGAUACAUCUGCAGAAUGUUCUGAAGUUCACAGAGCAGGAGCACCCAGACUAUUAUCUACUACUUGUGUGUGUUCAGCGUCUCCGAGUCUUUAUCUCUCAUUAUACCCUGCUGUUCCAAUGCAAUGAAGAUUUGCUUAUUCAGAAACGGAAAAAGCUCAAAAAGUCAUCUAUGGCAAAGCUGUACAAAGGGCUGGCUUCCCAGUGUGCCAAUACUGGCCAAGAUGCUUCCCCCAGUGCAGGCCAGGAGGCUGUCCACGACAGUGGGGUCCACUCAGACGAAAUGCACCAACCCUAUCCUUCCACUUCCGGUUCUGCCCCUGCUGUCACACAUCUGAUGGCCCCGGCGAAGAAAGGCCAGCAGCAGCAGAGCCUCAUGGAGAGCAUGCAGCCCGGGAAGCCUGGAGACUGGGAGAUGGAGGGCAGAAAGCACGAGCGGCCCGAGAGCCUGCUGGCGCCGGCGCAGUUCUGCGCGGCCGAGCAGGACGUGAAGGCGCUCGCCGGGCCUCUGCAGGCCAUCCCGGAGAUGGACUUCGAGCCGUCCCCCGCCGAGCCGCUAGGCAACGUGGAGCGCUCGCUGCGCGGUCCGCCCGAGCUCCUACCGGACGCGCGCGGCUUCGUGCCCGCCGGCUACGAGGAGUUCGAGUACGGCGGAGAGAUCUUCGCGCUGCCCGCACCCUACGACGAGGAACCCUUCCAGGCGCCGGCGCUCUUCGACAACUGCUCGCCUGCCUCCUCAGAGUCCAGCCUGGACAUCUGCUUCCUGCGGCCCGUCAGUUUCGCCAUGGAGGCCGAGCGGCCCGAGCACGCGCUGCAGCCGCUGCCCAAGAGCGCCACGUCGCCGGCGAGCAGCAGCGGCGCCUACAAGCUGGAGGCCGCGCAGGCGCAGGCGCACGGCAAGGCCAAGCCGCUGAGCCGCUCGCUCAAGGAGUUCCCGCGCACGCCGCCCGCCGAGGGCGUGGCCCCGCGCCUCUACAGCACGCGCAGCAGCAGCGGCGGCCGCGCGCCGCUCAAGGUCGAGCGUGCUCCCGCACCCCACGGCCCCGCCGCCGCCGCCGCCGCCUCCCGCGGGGCGCCGCGGACCUUCUUCCCCCAACAGAGGUCCCAAAGCGAAAAACAGACCUAUUUGGAAGAGAUGCACCUAGAGGAUGCCACCCGAUUCUGUCCAAAGGAAGAAAGAGAGAGUGAACAGACUUCUUUCAGCGAUCAAAAUCCCAGGCAAGACCAGAAAGGGGGCUUUCGCAGCUCAUUCCGCAAGCUCUUUAAAAAGAAAAAUGGGAACUCAACUGGUGAAGAUUUCUGUGGUCCUUGGGGCUGGUGGUGACAUCAGAGCUUUCCCAUUUCCAGAUUUUAGGUCCAGUGGAUCAGAAUACAGGGAAAAAACUAAUGAGAACCCCUCAAUGGAUCCUUCACCCACCAAACAAGAUUUCUUCAGAAACCGACUUGCUCUUGCAAAUGACCUUGACCAAGGAACAGCUGUGUAAAUACAUUUACAGUUGUAUUGUCGAGUGGUAAGAGGAGGGUAAAAGCUUGUAUAUAUCUCUGCAGGAAUAUAUAUAUAUAUAUAUCAAUGUAUAAAUCCCUAAGGAAAACUAAUAUAGAUAUUUACAUAUGAAACUAAAUCAACAUACAAGAUACUGAAGAGAUGACGAUUAGUCUAUGGCUAAGACUUGGCUUAUGAACCUCAACACUUGGGAAAAGGGAAAUGAAGACUUCCCACAUCAUUACAGGAAAAAAAUACUAAAUUUGGAGGAAAAUAAAUGUUUGUAAGAACAAAAACUUGCACCUUGAAGUCAUUCCCCCAAGUAUAAUAAUAAUCGUGUUCAUUUUUA